AUGGCCUCGUUCGUCUGGUUGCUGGCGGUUUGCUGCCUCCGAGCCGUCGCCGCUGGCAAUCCUGACGCGAAACGCCUAUACGACGAUCUGUUGUCGAACUACAACAAAUUAGUGAGGCCUGUAGUCAACACAACGGAUGUGCUUCGAGUCUGCAUUAAGCUUAAAUUGAGCCAGCUUAUCGAUGUCUGGAAAUGGGCAGGGAACAUGGCAAGGGGAAUAGAAAAGUGGAGCAAAAAAAGUACUAAACUGCUGCCCAACGUACAGCAAAUGAAAAAGAAAAAGACAGCUUAG